CUACUAGCUCGAUCGGGUCCGAGUCAACCUGCGGGUUGACAACCUUGCAUAAAACCCAUUAAGCUAGAUGUGCUCAAUUAACCCUAGAGGUGUAACUGAGUAAAGAACUAAAGAUGUUUUUGUUCGUUUUUUUUUUAAUAAAUUCGGUUUCUUUUGAAAUAGAGAAAUUUUCGCGAAUUUGGUAGCCAACAGCUGUAUAACAAUAAAUAUAGUGUUGAAAGUUUCAAUAAAGAACAAUCCAUCCAAUCCGUUCAUCUGUAUCGAUACAUACAAGGAACUGAUCCAACGGCCGAAACUUUAACAUUGACUCUCGAUCCUUAAAAAAGAAAAAAAACUCUCGCAGAACGUUUUUGACGAGUUUGCCCUUGUAGCUAUGUACUUAAGUCUGACCUAUCCUCUGAACACAAGAGUUUCACUUCUCUCUCCCAUAUUAGAACUAGCCACCUACCACGUCUUGUCUCCUAAAACAAUCAGACGCGACACCAGCCGGCUCCAAACCUAGAUCUGAAGGAUCCAGACCGGCGGAGAGUAAGACAGAUUUAUCGGCGACGACUCAGAUGAUUCACCGGUGGAGAGGAGAGGUCCUGGGAGUCAGGAGUGGGCGGAGGAGGCUUGGUGGCCCUCCGAUAGAGAUGAUAGUUUGGCGGCAAGUAUUGAGUUUCAAUGACCGAUUUAAGGUUUUUUCACAAUUCAGGAAUAGAUCAACAUUACAGUUGACUGAAAACGAUGAUGGCGGCGGCGAUAGGUCGGCGGUAGGGUUUUCUUUUAGAGAGGCACAGAUCUACAAAGUCCGUCCUCAGAACCACAAGCCCAAAAUUUUGGCCCAGAAGCCAGAAAGCCUAAGACUCUUUGAUACCAAAAUUUCGGGCUCUAACCGCAGAAUGCAACUCAAUCCCAAGAAGCCCAUUAGCCCAUUUCCUACUCAGAGAUGUACCUUCUAGAACCCUUCUUAAACCCUAAAUUUUAGUAUAAAUAGAACAGUGAACGACUGUUUCUAUUACAGAAACCCUAUCUACGAAAUCAGCUUCGCCAUUUUCGUUCUUAAUUCGCUUUCUCUGUGAUUUCCUUGUUUCCGACUAUGGGACACGGAGAGGGUACACUCUACCGCGUUCUGUGGCUGUGCAAAAUCUGCGGAGUCUGCUUCCCGCGAGGUUACCGUCGUCACAUGGAUGCACAUUAUCAUCAGGUAAUACACCUCGUCCUCAUUUCGAUCUCCGUUCCUUUCGUUCUAGUCGCGUGAAUGUUGUAAUUCUUGUAAACUGGUUGAUUUAGCCAUUGGAUCUGCUGCUAUAGUCAUUUCUUCACUUCUCGUUUUUGUUUUAGAUCGUUUGGUUUGGACUUGCGGUUUGGAUAAUCUAUAUCUGUAGUCGUUUCUUCACUUCGAUCUCGUUUUUGGUUUAGAUCGUUUGGUUUGGCAUUGCUGUUUGAUCAUCUGUAUCUGUAGUUGCUUCUUCACUCGUUUUUCGUUUAUUUCGACUAGAAUGAAAGGAACGGAGAUCAAAAUGAGGACGAGAUGUAUUACCUGAUGAUAGUGUGCAUCCAUGUGACGACGGUAACCUCGUGGGAAGCAGACUCCGCAGAUUUUGCACAGCCACAGAGCGCGGUAGAGUGUCCCCUCUCCGUGUCCCAUAGUCGGAAACAAGGAAAUCACAGAGAAAACGAAUUAAGAACGAAAAUGGCGAAGCUUUUCAUGGAGAUUCGUAUAAUAAGAUGUCACACUCUUUCUUGGGAGGUGAGAAAGAAAGAAAGCUACAGAUAGGGUGGACGGUGGAGUAAGGUAUACAGGCAGGCGGUGAGAAAGAACGAAAGCUACAGAUAGAGUGGAGUAACCGAUACAGGCAGGCGGGAAAAGUACUUUCAAAUGGAGAAAGCAAUUUAUUGUGGAGGGAAGAAAAGGCGGUAGGUCCGUUAUAGAAAUAGCUUUCCUAUCUUGAUAUUAUGGAUCCCAGGGCCCAGAAAGAAAUGGAGCCGGAUCCAUGGUCUCUUAAAUAAUGAGUCAAUGGGUUGGUCAGCCCAAAUGGAAAGAAAAGCGAAUCACGGGCCAAAUUGCAAAAUUACGAGAGGGGAGUGGAGUUCGAAGUCAGAGAUUGAGCUUUUGUGUAUAGUGAAUCAACAAAUAUUGGACUU